AUGUAUGUGGCAUAUAAUGAAAAAGUUGAAAAAAAGAUAUCAGAUGAUUUAUUUACAAACACAGACUUUAGAAAAAGGUUUUUGAAGCUUGUUUGGGACAUUAAUAUGAAACCUGAUGUUUUUGAGGUGAAGUGGGGUUUGCUUAUGAAGGAAUUCAAUCUUGAAGACACAAGAUGGUUUAAAGACAUGUUUACAAUACAUGAUUCAUGGAUACCUGGAUAUUUUAGUGAUAUUCCAAUGUGUGGUUUGAUGAAGACUACAUCGAGGUCAGAGAGUAUCAUGAAUUCAUUCUUUAAUACAUAUUCAGAAAGUGGUAACUUACUUUUGAAUUUCAUGAUGAAUUACGACACUGCCAUUCAAAAGCAAAGGAAUACUCAACGAGAGCUUGAUAAGGCAUCAAAGAAAGCAUCAAAUAAAAUGCAAACACCUCGAGAAAUAGAACUGCAAGCAUCAAAGGUUGAAAUAAAAGCUGAAGAGAAAGAAAUAAAUUGCAGUUGUGAACAUUUUAAGCGUAUGGGUGUUUUAUGCAGACAUGUUUUUACAAUAAUGAUGAGAUGUGGUGUUAAAGAAAUUCCUGAAAGGUACAUUUUAAAGAGAUGGAGAAAGGAUGUGAUAUCAAGAAAUUAUCGUUUUAGUUCUGUUCAAUCAGAUUCAGAUAAAAGCAAUAAAAAAUAA